AUGACCUGGUGGCGUCGCGACGGGACCGUCUCUCCUAUCCACAGAUACGCGCAACGUCUUCUCCGCUCCCACGAAGCUACCCUACGUACCCGAUACUUCUUCCGCACACCUUCCAAGUCGGCCCAGCAUGGAGACGACGGCAACACCAAGCGUCCAAUGGGCAUGUCCAAUCUCGAGUGGGUGCAGCUGCAGCACUAUCAGCGGUGGCGAAAGAGGCUGAUGGACGAUCCAUACCAGGCCAUCUUCGGGGCUAGUAAUGAUAUACUUAGCGGAAAGGGUCUGAAGGAUUGGGAGUGGAUAAGCAAGAGCUUUCCUAAGUGGAUGCUGAGGGAGAUGGAGACUCACGACACCACCGCGCAACUGAACCCUGACAAAGAUAAUGCUACCCAUCCCAAACAUCCAAAGAGGGUAGAAAUAAGAGACAAAGAACCGGUCCCAUCCAAGGAAAGGGACUCUCAUUUCCCGCAGCCUACCUUCAGGGCAACAAGACUUGAUCGUGAGGAUUCCAGUGGGGUUGUAUCGCCUUCUGAUUUGAGGAGACCUCGAGAAGAGCCCUACAUGGCCCCCGAACUCACUCUUGACACGGAGAGCUCAUCAAAUGAUCACCAAAAUUCCACCUCUUCGCAGCCGAUUCCCCCAAAGAGCUCGGAGUCGUUCAGUGGCUACAUAACCAAGACACGAUCAGAUGCGGCCACCAAGCUCAAGAAGUCAAGCAAAGAAGAGCCUAUAGAUAAGCCAAGUUUCAUGAACCAGUUUCUCAUGGAUUCGUCUCGACAAGAGGGCCCAUUUAUCAAAGAUCCUACCAGAACCAGUACAUGGAGAGAGACUGCGCUACAGAGAAGGUCUUUACCAAAUAUCACCGCUGAACCAGACACAGAGCCUGAGAUGUUGACCAGCUUUUCCAACCGACUGCCUCCAGUUGUGUCGUCUAACCAAGAUACACAAUGGUCGACUGAAAGAGCUCCUGAAAGGCUCUCUCCCAAGUCAUUGGCGGAGCUGGAAGUCCCAGCUGCGCCCAAGUCGGUAGAGCCAGAGUCAGAAGUGGUCCCAGUUACACAUCCAACAAACGACGGUACUUCCCCUACUCGGUCAACCUCAAGGAUUCUGAGCCAACUGCCUGAGGAUGACAUUGAUCUCCUAAGCGCGGCCGACAUCCGUGCAUCCAUGGGAGCACGAAAGAGCAAGACCAUUCGCGAAGACCAGAAGAAAGUCGAGCGUUCACACUUAGAGAAGAGUUUUGUGGAUGCGCAUAACACACGUGAUGGCAUUGAUCCGAUGAUAGAAUCCAACGUAAUCAACGAUCAACUGGUGCGUCGCUUGGAGAGUCAGAUGCAAAACCGCCAGCAGCCCGAACAACCUGAGCAACCCAGUGAGUCACUACCAGUCCCACAAUUUGAGUCUAUCUCUACAGGAAAUACGGGUUUGUCCAAGAACAGCACCGAGCGACCGAUGUCUUGGCUCGAGCAAGGUGGUGCGGUGUUCUCGAGUCUUUUCUGGCAAGACCCAACUAUAGAAGCGGAUGCAGAGAAGACCCGCCUGUACUGUGAAAAGGUUCUCGCACGUAUCCGUAAGGGGCGUACGACGAUGAAGCAAGUCAUUGAAGACCUGGAGAGUGACGUUCCAGCAUCUAAGCCUCUGUUGAAGCGCAUGAAAGCAGAUGAAGACAUGCUUGAUGCAGCCAUCAACGCUCUUUGGCAACGUGCGAUUACCGGAAAACUUCCGUCCUUGACGCCAAGAAAGUUCAAGGGACUGCAUCCUAUGCGGCUGCGGAUUGAAAAUACAGACAAAGAGCUGAAAAAGGCAAACGCGGCCCUGAAUGACAUUAGCAACUCAAGAGCUGUGAAAUACGCCUCGCCAGCGUUGAAGAGGCGACUUGCCAUUGCGGUGGAAAUCACACAAAAGAACGCUCACCUCACACGUUAUUUGAUCUGGAGCUUACAAGCCCGUCUCGAAGACCCAGGGAUCGAGCGAACCUUGUAUCCCAAUUACAAAGUUGUCGUGAACAGCCUGUUGACGCUUAGAGAUACACAAGUGGCUUUGGCUCGAUUGUUGGAGCGUGUCAUGCUAGUGUAUGGCGUGUCGCCACAAACUAUGGAAGACAUCGACAAAUUGAGCCAAGGUAAUGCUGUGGAAACGCCAAACGAGCAUAACCAGAUUAUCCCGCGAGAUGCGUCGCCUGGCUUGAAUGAGGUCGACAAAGCCCAGCUGCGUGCCAAGAUAGCUGCGGAGGAACGACUUGCUAACGAGGUCGACGCACAGAAGUCUGCGAUGCGUGGUCUCUCAGACGAUGGGUACGCCCGCGUGCCAAAGCUAACCGCGAAGAAGUCAUUUGAGGAACGAGGUCCUCUUGCGCACAGUCUCUUCAGACCCUUUGGACCAGUACUUGAGAGUCUAGAGACUGAGAAGCCUGUAAGGUCGGAGGCAAGGCAGGCUGAAGAGGCGCUGCAGAAAGCUAACGAUGAUCAAUUGGUCGCCGAGGUGAAGAGCGCGUAUGAAGACACCUACGGGCCAAUUACCGUUGGUCACGAACAGUCAACCCAACCAGCUGCGGAAACCAAGAUUAGUCAAGAGCCUGAUAUGAGACGAUUCGACAUGCUCAAAGACGAUCCUACGACUAUCUCGGAGAGCUCUGCUUGUGAAAUUGUACCAAGUCCUCAGGAUAUGACCCACACUCAAGAUGUCGCAGCAGUAGAGGUCACACAGGAAGUUUCACAGGAUUCCCCAGUAGACACCCAAGCCACUUCGGCUGUGGAGUCUGCCGAAGCGGCUCUUGGAAUUAACGAGGUGUCUGACAAGUCCGAGCUGGAGGCACCGUCCCAACCUGCAUCAUCUCCAUCAUUUACAACUCUCCCAACACACUACACCAUUCUUAUCCAUGAUCCCGAGACCGGCAAGCUCUCGCUCACCACAUCCACCUCUGAACCACCACGCGACACCUCUCCUAUGGUACCAUUGCAUCAAGCAUUGGCUACUCUCGACCAACCCGCGAAGUUUAUCCCCCACAUCACCGACGCUCUCGAGAUCGUUACUGCAAAGAGAGACAUGCUCAUUCUCCGCCACGCCCUUAACGCUGCCACCUCCACCAAAUCCUUCGAGACAGUCAACACAUCACCAGCGAUGGAAGAGACACAAGAAAGCGAAAUCUCAAUAGAAAGAGGCAACAUCAACCCGAUAGACGGUACAACACGUCUCUCCCCCACCGGCUACGUCAGCCCAGCAGAAAGCCAAGAACAGCUCGAGAAGGAAUUUGCGGAGCGCCGCCUGGCAGCCGAGCGAUUGAGCAGUAGUGAAGGUGCCGAACAAGAGCAGCAGCAAAAUGAGCAAAAGUCAAAGAGUAGAAAGAAAGGUGGGCGGGGUGCGGGCGUGGUUAAGACGGCGAUUUGGGCUGCGGCUUUGUGCUAUGUGGUUGGUGUGGUUGGGGAGAUUACGAGUUAGUCGGUCGAUAUGUGGGUAUCAGGUUGGGCGUUAUAUUCACUUCCUUGAGUAAAACAUUUUUCAGUUCUUGUUUGAGCGUUUGGAUGUACCGGAUGAGUGGUGUUUAUGGGGUUUCACGCCGCUCAUUUAUUCGGCCAGGACAUGUAUUGGUAGGGAUAUACGCGUGCAAUGCGACUGUUUCUUUGUGCAUAGUUUAAAUAUAUAUUUUAUAGCUGCUUAGUAGC